GCAUCCGUACAUAAAACUUGAAUAUAACUCCUCAUCUAUUUAUUAAAUUAAUUGCGUUUGAAACGAGAAUAUAAGUAUUGGAGCUCAGACGUUGUGUACGGGUCAUAGCUGUUGUUGGGUGUAUUUGAAAUUGCGGAGAUUCUAUUACUCACAUUCCACGCAAACCCUAACCAUAUCGUAAGAAUUCCAAGGCUGUGAUCCGUAGAGGCUAGAAGAAGAAGGUAUGAGCGGGACCGAGUUCCGGUUCUUCUUGUCCUGCGACAUCAAUCUUCCAGUAACCUUUCGCAUCGAGAGGUUGGAGGGUAAUUUGCUCCCUACCAAGUCUCCUAAUUCAGAAAUUGAUGCCCCAACAGAGGAGAGAAGAGCAGAGCUAUAUGUUGAAUGCGCAUUAUACAUUGAUGGUACUCCAUUUGGCCUCCCCACGAGAACAAGGCUGGAAUCAACUGGACCACCAUAUUGUUGGAAUGAUCUGAUCACAUUGAGCACUAAAUAUCGAGAUUUAACUGUUCACUCACAGCUUGCUAUAACGGUUUGGGAUGUUUCAUGUGGAAAAGAUGAAGGAUUGAUUGGUGGAGCCACAAUUCUUCUAUUUAAUAGCAAAAUGCAACUCAAAACAGGGAGGCAAAAGCUUAGGCUUUGGCCAGGAAAGGAAGCAGAUGGGUCAUUUCCUACAACUACUCCUGGAAAGGUCCCACAGCAUGAGCGUGGGGAGCUGGAGCGCUUGGAAAAGCUUGUGAAUAAGUAUGAGAGGGGACAGAUUCAACCUGUUGAUUGGCUCGAUCGCCUCACAUUUAAAGCUAUGGACAGAAUAAAGGAUUGUGAAAGCCUGAAAAAUGGAGGUUCUCACGUGUACGUGGUUGUUGAUUUUUCUAGCUUUGAACAUCAAGUUGUCUUUCAGGAAUCAGGAGCAAAUUUCUUAUUACCAUCUCCUAUAACUUCAACGAAUGAAAUUGUCAAUGUCUGGGACCCGGAAGUCGGAAAGAUAAAUCCUUCUGAGCACAAGCAACUAAAGCUUGCUAGGAGUUUAGCUCGUGGUAUUAUUGACAGGGAUCUUAAACCAAGCUCUAAUGAGAGAAAGUCAAUACAAAGAAUAUUGAAAUACCCACCAACAAGGACCUUGAGUGGAGAUGAGAGGCAGCUACUAUGGAAAUUCCGUUUCUCAUUGAUGUCUGAGAAAAGGGCUCUCACAAAGUUUCUCCGAUGUGUUGAAUGGAGUGAUGUUCAGGAAGCAAAACAGGCAUUGGAAUUGAUGGGAAGGUGGGAAAUGAUUGAUGUUUGUGAUGCACUGGAGCUUCUUUCUCCUGUUUUUGAAAGUGAAGAGGUACGUGCAUAUGCCGUUAGCGUUCUUGAAAGGGCUGAUGAUGAAGAACUCCAGUGUUAUUUACUUCAACUUGUUCAGGCUCUUCGAUUUGAGCGUUCUGAUAAAUCUCGCCUCUCUCAUUUCCUUGUGCAACAUGCAUUGCGCAAUAGCGAGUUUGCUAGCUUUCUUCGCUGGUAUGUUGCCGUGGAACUUUAUGAUCCUACGUAUGCUAAACGUUUCUACAGUACCUAUGAGAUUCUGGAAGAGAAUAUGAUGAAGCAGUUGGCAGGCAGUGCAAAUGGAGGUGAAGACGGAUUUAAAUUGUGGCAAAGUUUGGUGCGCCAGACAGAAUUGACUGCCCAAUUGUGUUCGAUUAUGAGAGAUGUAAGAAAUGUACGUGGUAAUACACAGAAGAAGAUUGAAAAGCUUAGACAGCUGCUUUCUGGUCUUCUUAGUGAACUUACCUAUUUUGAAGAGCCAAUACGAUCACCACUGGCUCCAAAUGUCCUCAUUACUGGUAUUGUGCCAUCUGAGUCAUCAAUAUUCAAAAGUGCAUUGCAUCCCUUGCGCCUGACUUUCCGAACGGCGAAUGGCGGAAGUUGCAAAAUCAUAUUUAAAAAGGGAGAUGAUCUUCGGCAAGACCAAUUGGUUGUUCAAAUGGUAUCACUCAUGGAUCGGUUGCUUAAAUUGGAAAACCUUGAUCUGCAAUUAACGCCAUAUAAUGUGCUAGCAACUGGGCAAGAUGAAGGCAUGAUGGAAUUCAUACCAUCACGUUCUUUAGCGCAGAUUCUCUCAGAGCAUCGUAGCAUUAUAAGCUACCUCCAGAAAUUUCAUCCAGAUGAGCAUGGGCCUUUUGGCAUUACAGCCACCUGCCUCGAAACAUUUAUAAAAAGCUGUGCUGGCUACUCCGUUAUCACUUAUAUUCUGGGCAUUGGAGACAGGCACCUUGACAACCUUCUCCUUAGAGAUGAUGGGCGUCUUUUCCAUGUGGAUUUUGGAUUCAUUCUUGGGCGAGAUCCAAAGCCGUUUCCACCACCAAUGAAGCUCUGCAAAGAAAUGGUUGAGGCUAUGGGUGGAGCUGAAAGUCAAUAUUAUACAAGGUUCAAGUCAUAUUGUUGUGAGGCCUACAAUAUCCUCAGGAAAUCUAGUAACCUUAUUUUAAAUCUCUUUCAUCUAAUGGCGGGUUCCAAUAUUCCUGACAUAGCCUCUGAUCCUGAAAAAGGCAUUCUUAAGCUUCAGGAGAAGUUCCGCUUAGACUUGGAUGAUGAAGCGUGCAUACACUUUUUCCAGGAUCUUAUCAAUGAGAGUGUUAGCGCACUGUUUCCUCAAAUGGUUGAGACUAUUCAUCGGUGGGCUCAAUACUGGCGCUGAUCUGAGCUAGAAAUUGGAUUGUAUAGACACCUUUGUAAAUAGCCAGGUGCAAGAAUGGUAGGGAGCUUUUGAAGCAGCAAACAAGCGUGUCAUCGUGGAUGGAGAAAAAGGAAAUAGCAAACAGCGAUGCAAUGAGGUCUCUAUGAAUAUAUGGCGUUCUUUUUUUUUUCUUU